AUGUCCACAGCAUCUUCAGACUCGGAAGCGGAGUAUCAUUCAUAUUCCGAAAGGACAUUAGCGAUCAUUAAACCAGAGGCCUACGAAAAUGCUGAAGAUAUUGAGAAACAUAUAAAAAACCAUGGGUUUUUCAUAUUAGCGCGGCGUGAAGUUCGACUAACACCGGAGCAAGCGGCAGAACUGUACCGGAACCACUACGGGCAACACCACUUCCCGCAUCUCGUGGCACAAAUGUCUAGCGGACCUAUCGUGGUGCUGGUGCUGGCAGCCCGCGGAUGUAUUCAGAAAUGGCGGAAUUUAAUGGGACCUGCUCGGGUGGCAGAAGCACAAGCUUAUUGGCCGGACAGUCUGCGCGCGUGCUACGGCCGGCGCACAAAAUAUGGCGAUUAUUUCAACGCUCUACAUGGCAGCAAGAAUCACGCCGAAGCUUUGCGUGAAAUUCACUUUUUCUUUCCUAACAUGAUAGUGGGUCCACUACUUCGUCACUGGCAAGUGAACGACUACAUACAAAAACACCUCGUCGGAACAUUGCAACCAGCGCUGGCCACCCUCACCAGAGAGCGACCUGCUGAACCAAUAAUAUGGCUGGCUGAAUAUCUGCUCCGGAAUAAUCCUAAUGAACCUGUUCUGGGGCCACAAAAUCUAGAAAUUAGAGACGACCCUCGCUGUCAUACGCCUGUUCCUUCUGAAACCUCGAAUAGAGAUUAA